ACUACCAAUAUCUAUCUAUGGCAACUAACUAAGCGACUUGACAAAAAAAAAAUGGAGUUACCGGAGGGAUGCAUCGCGAACAUUAUUGCUCGCACCACGCCCAAAGACGCAUGCAGGCUCUGCGCCGUUUCCAAGCUCUUCAAAUCCGCCGCUGAUUCUGACUAUGUCUGGGGUCGUUUCCUCCCUUCCGAUGUCGUUUCCCUCGUUUCCCACUCUCAAUCUCACUCUUCCUUGAUCACACUCUCUACUUCCAAUAAAUCCCUCUAUCUCGCCCUCUCCGAUAGCCCAAUCGUCAUCGACCAGGGUAAAAUGAGCUUUCAAUUGGACAAAAAGAGUGGGAAAAAGUGCUACAUGCUAGCUGCUAGAGCUCUGACCAUUGUUUGGGGUGACACUCCGCGAUACUGGCAAUGGAUACCCUUGGAAGAGUCCAGGUUCUCAGAAGUUGCUCGACUGGAACAUGUGUGGUGGCUUGAGAUUCGCGGGGUGUUGAGUACCCUUGUCCUAACCCCAAAUACUCACUAUGCAGCUUAUCUUGUGUUCAGUAUGGAGGAAGACAGAAUUGGAUUUCAAGACUGUCCUGUGGAGUUAUCAAUAGGCAUGCUAGGUGGUGAGGCUAGCACCAAGAAUGUGAUUCUUGAUCCAGAAUCAGACGGGGUACGGCAGCUUCCAAAUCUAAGAGGUAAUCCCUGGCUGGAGAUUGAGUUUGGGGUGUUUUUUGUUUCGAGCACAGAAGAUGAACAAGUUCAAAUGAGUGUUGUGGAAACUGAGGCUGGUGUCCUAAAGAGUGGUCUCAUCAUUGAAGGAAUUGAAUUUAGGCCAAAGGAAGAUAAUUAAUUAAGAAGCCAAGCCAUCGUUGAUUUGCACCAACAUAACUGCAAACUCUUUCUGAAGAUUUUAAUGGCAUUAGUUCUUUUUGUUAUUCUCAUUACUAAUAUUGAGGAAGGCUAGGCGAACAAUUUUAAAAUUUGAUCUAAUUACUCUGUAAGUCCCUAUAGUUUUGCUAAAUUUUUAAUUAGGUCUCUAUA